AUGCGAAGCUCGUUGUGCCCGCAAGCCGCGCCCUCGGGCGCCAGGCUUCAGAUGGGUCUUGCUGCCCAUCCGGCGCCCCAUAGCCGGCUUCUGACGAGGCCGCUCGCGCCCUUGCCCGGACUGGGCGGAAGUCGGGGACGCCACGCACGCCUAACCUCGCGGAAGCAUGACGAGGCUGGCCGGCGCAGCGCUGCUGCACAGGAUGUCCGGAUUGAUGGCCUCACCGGGCAGGAGGAUGAGGGAUCGAAGAACGGCGGCUCCGUGGUGUCGAACGGAGCAGCCUUGAACGGGAGCACCAACGGGGCCACGGCGACCGUGGACGCCGUUGUGGUGAAUGGGAACGGUGCUGCCACCAUCAGCCCUACGAAACCGGCCAGCGAGAACGGCGCGGCCGCCUCCAAGAAGAGCAAGGUCCCAAAGGUCCUUGAAACUGUUGCAGACGAAUCGAACGGGGCGACGGGCUCACCAUAUCGCAACCCCGGGGGCAAGUGGAACCGGUUCAAGGGCUACAGCACCUGGCAGCGCACCCUGGAGAUCUGGACGUUCGCGUUCAGCUUCCUCUUCCGGUACUGGCGCAUCGGGCGCGCGUUCCACUACAAGAAGAAGGGCGGCAUGACGAAGGAGAACGUGUCUGCCGAGCGGCGCAAAGUUGCCGUGUGGCUGCGCGAGGGGCUGGUGCGCCUGGGGCCGACCUUCAUCAAGAUCGGUCAGCAGUUUUCGACCCGCGUCGACGUCCUCGCGAAGGAGUUCAUCGAGGAGCUGGAGAAGCUCCAGGACAACGUCCCUCCGUUUGACUGGGAGAGCGCGCGCGCCAUCCUGAACCGCUCGAUCGGGAGGCCCGUCGAGGAGGUGUUCGAGUCGUUCGACACGCAGCCGAUCGCGGCCGCGUCGCUGGGGCAGGUCCACCUGGCGGUGCUGAACGGCACCAAGGUCGUGGUCAAGGUGCAGCGGCCCGGGCUGCGGGAGCUGUUCGACAUCGACCUCAAGAACGUCCGCGUCCUGGCGCAGUGGCUGCAGAAGGUGGACCCGAAGACGGACGGGGCGAAGAGGGACUGGGUGGCGAUCUACGACGAGUGCUCGCGCGUGCUGUACGAGGAGAUCGACUACCAGAACGAGGCGCGCAACGCGCAGCGCUUCUCGGACAACUUCAAGGACGUGGACUGGGUCAAGGUGCCCAAGAUCCUGUGGGACUACACCACGCCCCAGACCAUGGUCAUGGAGUACAUGCCGGGCAUCAAGAUCAACCGCGGGGACGAGCUCGUCCGGGCCGGCGUCGACAAGGACCGCAUCGCGCGCCUCGCCGUCGAGUCGUACUUGAUGCAGAUCCUGCGCCACGGCUUCUUCCACGCGGACCCGCACCCCGGCAACGUGAGCGUGGACCCAGCAGAUGGUGGGCGCCUCAUCUACUACGACUUCGGCAUGAUGGGCGCGCUGAAGACAGACGUGCGGGCCGGCCUGCUCAACCUGUUCUACGGGACGUACGAGAAGGACGCGGACAAGUGCCUGGACGCUCUGAUCCAGAUGGGCGUGCUCGUGCCAACCACCAACGACCGCACUGCGAUCCGCCGCACGGCCGAGUUCUUCCUCAGCUCCUUCCAGAACCGCCUGGACGAGCAGAAGGAGGCGCAGUCGAGCAUGGGCAAGGACAAGUACGAGGCACAGGGGUUCAAGGGUGAGCGUAGCAAGGACGAGAAGAAGCAGCGUCGGAAGCAGAUCCUGGAGGCCAUCGGGGAGGACUUGCUGUCGGUCGCAGACGAGCAGCCCUUCAGGUUCCCCGCGGAGUUCACCUUCGCUGUGCGCUCCUUCACCGUGCUCGACGGGAUCGGCAAGGCGCUCAACUCGCGGUUCGACAUCACGGAGAUCAGUGCGCCGUACGCACGCGGCCUGCUGCUGGAGUCGCAGCCCUUCCUCAAGAAGUACCAGGAGGACCUCGGGCGCCGCGCGGGCCUGCAGGCCCGUGCGGUCAAGAACCUCUUCACCGGGCCCAACCAGAUCGAGGACAUCGCCAACUUCACGAAGCGCCUCGAGAACGGCGACCUGAAGCUGCGCGUGCGUGCGUUCGAGGCCGAGCGCGCCCUCCAGCGGUCAGACCUGAUGCAGGACGCCACCGUGAAGGCUGUGCUGGCCAGCGCGGCUGCGAACGUCGGUACCGUCCUCGCUGUGUCGGCGAUCCAGAUCGGCGCGAAUGUCGCUUUUGGUGUUGCGGGGCUCCUGGGGAUCUCCGCGGGGCUCACGAUGCUGAAGGUUCAGAAGCUGAGGAAGAAGGAGCUCAGUCUCAAGGGCCGGGCAUAG